AUGCCGCCAGCCCAGAAGGCUCUGGGUAUAUGUGGAUCUGGGGAGAAUUGGAGUUUUGAAGUAGCUGCGAUAGAGAGGGGUUACACAUCGUUUUGGAAUGACUGUAUAUCAUCUGGAUUACGUGGCUGUAUGUUAAUUGAAUUAGCAUUGAGAGGAAGGUUACAACUAGAGGCUUGUGGAAUGAGACGUAAAGGUCUUUUAACAAGAAAGGUGAUCUGUAAGUCGGAUGCUCCAACAGGAGAUGUUCUUCUUGAUGAAGCUCUAAAGCAUGUUAAGGAGACUCAGCCUCCAGAAACGGUCCAGAACUGGAUUGAGUUACUUAGUGGUGAGACAUGGAAUCCAUUAAAGUUGCAUUAUCAGUUAAGAAAUGUACGGGAACGAUUAGCUAAAAACCUAGUAGAAAAGGGUGUACUGACAACAGAGAAACAGAACUUCCUACUAUUUGACAUGACAACACAUCCUCUCACCAACAACAACAUUAAGCAGCGCCUCAUCAAGAAGGUACAAGAAGCUGUUCUUGACAAGUGGGUGAACGACCCUCAUCGAAUGGACAAGCGCUUGCUGGCCCUCAUUUACCUAGCCCAUGCCUCAGAUGUCUUGGAGAAUGCUUUUGCUCCUCUUUUGGAUGAGCAGUAUGAUUUAGCCACCAAGAGAGUACGGCAGCUGCUCGACUUAGACCCGGAAGUGGAGUGUCUGAAGGCUGGCGCCAAUGAGGUUCUGUGGGCUGUGGUGGCUGCAUUCACCAAGUAACUGUCAGAGCGCAAUGUCUCCUUUCUCUCACGUCAACCAGUAGUUUUUCUUGACUUCUAAUCUGCAAUUUGUACUUUCCCCACAGUAUAAUUGGCUUUUGUUUUAAGAAAUGGUGGGUGGCUAUUUCUUUUUUGUAUGCAGGAUUCUGCUGGUACGAGAGGCUUUUCCUCUUUCAGUUUUCAACAAAUUUUACUGCCAUAUUGGCAUUCCACUCCCUGUUGUCAUUUUCACUGUUACCUGUUUUGGGUUUCUGGUAUACUUUAACUUUCAAAGUACCUCCAGUCACUUCGCAUGCACAGCUUUUGGAUUCCCUCAGCUUGAGUUUUCUCAUGUGCAUGUACAUCUGUCUGGCGUUCUGUCUGUAAUUCAGACAGAAGUCACAACAAGGCCUUCAACUCACCAAAGGUAAAUAUCUGUAUCUAUUAGGACAUUUUUAUACAUAGACCUCAGUUGAGAUGUAUACUUAACAAAAUUAUUUUUAAAUUGAAAACAGAACAGCACAGUAAAUAAAUACUUAAUAUAAAAUGCCCCUUGGAUUUUGCGCCCAUGUAAAUCUAUUGUAUUCUUACACUUGUUAUAAUUUUAACUAUUAAAUCAUAAAGGUCCAAUUGUUUCACAAAGCCAGUUUGGAAUGGGCUUCAUUCCAGUUAUGCUGUAUAUAGUUUGAAUUAUAUAUAAAUUGCCCCCUUCAUCUGUCCCCAUCUUAGAAUUUUGCAAGAUUUAAUUAGUUAUACACCUGGUGCCCCUCACUUGUUUCAGUCAUUGUUAUUUGAUAGCAAAAUAGACCUCUCAUUGAAGGAGAGAGAAAAGAUGUGUGACUGAUCCUAGAAUUUUUUGAGCUGUGCCAUUCAUGGUACUCUUUGCCUAUGCAUCUCUUUUUGGAGUUUUUAAUUUUUUGGUCUUAAUAUUUUUAUGAUUUCUGUAGGGAAGAGACUUGUAACCAGUACUAAUCUUGAGUACAGUUUCUUCUUUUUCUGUCCACAGUAAAUUAAUGUCUGCUCUGAAAUGUCAUUUAUCUACUCAUACUUUCUUGGGAAAAGAAAUCAAAUGUCAGUUCUAGCAGAUGUUGCAUGUAAAUUAAUAGCAAGUAAUGACUACAGCUCAGAUGAUUAAGAAUUUUGUAACAAGAAGCUCUGCUGUUUUAAUUUUUAUAUACAGUUAUGAUAAUUAGCACAUUGUAAGACUAUAAACCUUUGCUUUUUAAAGUUUAUUUUAGUAUUUCUUUAUCACUGUUUAUUGUACCACCCUUGGUUUCAAAAUGUAAAUACUAUAUAUUGAGCAAAUUAAAUGUCAAAUUUUUUAUUACCAUAGUUCAUAUUAAUAGUGGGACUUUCAGGUGUUUAGAAUUUUUUUUUUGGUUAACAUUCAAUGCAAAAGUACUAGAUGGCGUAUAACUCUAAAGUCGAAUUUUAAGGGAUUCCCUAAUAUGUAUACUAUCUUUUUAUCUCAAGUAAUAAAUAAACUAUGAUCUUGAAAGUGCCUGAAUCAGAGCCAGCAUGUCAUUGGUAUUUUUGUGUUCUCACUUAGUUUGCUUUCAGAUGAUGGCUUAUUUAGUAUAACGUUAUAAUAUUUCAGUGAACGCUUGGCAAACUUUUUCUUACAGAGCUAUGUAGUAAUUAUUUUAGGUUUUGUGAUCCACAUAUGGUGUGUUUUUGCAACUACUCUAUUCUGCUGAAUGAAAGCUGUCACUGAUCAUACAAACACAAGGGUAGAAGACAGUGUUGGAAUAAAACUGCAGAAACAGGCAGCUACCAUCAUCUACAGUUUGCUUGCUCCAGUGUUGUUAAAGCAUGGGGAAAGACAGAGUUUUCUGUCUAUUAAA